AUGGCGGCCAAUAAACAGCUGUGGGUUAUGGUGAAGGAUCCCGCUGGCAGAGCCGUGACAUCGUUCACCGUGAGCACGGACAGUACGGUGGGAGACCUUAAAGCUGCCCUGCAGGCGGCAGGCUGCACCUCGGUCACGGCCCAUGAUAUGGGACUGCUGUACAAGCGGGAUCAGUUACCGGACACCAGCACUCUCCGGGAUGCAGUUCCCCUUCACAUUGUGUCUGCUGCUGGUGGCCCGGACGUUAAUGUGACCCAGAGGUACCGACGUAGCCCGUCCGCUGGUUUGGAGUUUUUGAUUUAUGUCCGCACACGAUGCACUCCUACACUUCGCCUGUAUGUGACCGGUUCUGAGUCCCUGGGGUCCUUGAAGGCUCGUUUAGCUGAAAUUCUUGGGGUGCCUGCAGAUCAGUUGGAGCUCUCAGGCGCUUCUGGGGUGCUGGAAGGCGAUGCCCGCUCCUUGGAAAGUCUUGGGAUCGAACCUGAGUCCACUCUCUCUUGCUUGUUGCGAGCAGGAGCUGAGGCGUUUGCUAUUUUUGUCCGUGGUCCUCACGGAAAUACGUUUGACGUUUAUGUCCAGAAAGAAGAGCUGGCAGGUUCGCUGAAAAGAAAAAUCGCAGAUUUGAUUGAAGUUCCGGUUGAUAACCUUCGAAUCAUAUGCGGGAGUAGACUAUUGGAGGACGACGGAAGAACAGUGUCGGACUACUCAAUUAAGGCAGGUUCUGUCGUGCACGUAGUCCAGAGACGUAAGUUAAAUAAUGUAUAA